AAAUAUUCAUGAAUGAAGUGGCAAGAGAAAUGGAGAGGAGAAGAAAUGAAGAGGGAGAUUUCAGGUCCAGUGAAGUUGAGAGGUCAGAGGUCAGGCCUAGUGAAGUUGAGGGGUCAGAGGUCCUGCCAAUAAAACCCAGCAGUGCCAGCAGUACUAGCAUAGCUUCUAGUUACUUCAAUAACAAGAUUACCAUACCAGAGGAUGUAGAACAUCCAGUUUUCAGUUUUAAAAAACUAUGGGCCUUCACUGGGCCAGGGUUCCUUAUGAGUAUUGCAUACCUGGAUCCAGGAAAUAUUGAGUCUGAUCUCCGGUCUGGAUCUGUGGCUCAGUUCAAGUUGCUAUGGAUACUGAUGUCGGCCACAUUUCUCGGCCUCCUGAUGCAGAGGCUUGCGGCCCGCCUGGGGGUAGUGACUGGGAUGCACCUGGCAGAGGUCUGCUACAGAAGCUAUCCCAGGGUUCCACGCUUUGUGCUGUGGUUCAUGGUAGAAAUAGCUAUCAUUGGAUCAGAUAUGCAGGAAGUGAUUGGGACAGCUAUAGCAUUUUACCUGUUAUCAGAUGGAAAGAUACCCCUGUACGGAGGUGUACUGAUUACUAUCGCAGACACGUUUACUUUUCUCCUCCUGGACAAGUACGGUCUACGUAAACUGGAGGCUUUCUUUGCAUUCCUUAUCUUUAUCAUGGCUGUCACAUUUGGAUAUGAGUAUGUAAUAGUUAAGCCUGACCAGCCAUCCCUACUAAAGGGGAUGUUUAUACCUUACUGUGAAGAUUGUGGCCCAGAACAGGUUCUACAGGCUGUGGGCAUUAUAGGAGCAAUCAUCAUGCCACAUAACAUCUACCUCCAUUCUGCUCUUGUCAAGUCUCGAGAUGUAGAUCGAUCUCGGAGGGAUCACGUCCGGGAAGCCAAUAAGUACUUCUUCAUUGAGGCAGCUAUUGCUUUGUUUGUAUCAUUCCUUAUCAAUGUGUUUGUGACUGCAGUAUUUGCCGAGGGAUUCUACGGGAAAAAUGUCACAGAAGUGUAUGAUAACUGUUUAAAAGUUGGUAACCCUCAUGCAUCCAUUUUCAAUACCACUAAACUGGAGGUUGAUAUCUUUCGAGGGGGUGUGUUCCUUGGUUGUCAGUUUGGGUUGGCAGCUAUGUAUAUUUGGGCAGUUGGAAUUCUGGCAGCAGGUCAAAGUUCAACGAUGACUGGAACAUACACAGGACAAUUUGUGAUGGAGGGUUUUCUGAAUCUUAAAUGGAAGCGCUGGAUGCGUGUGUUAUUCACGCGGAGUAUUGCCAUACUUCCUACGAUCUUUGUGGCCACAUUCUCGGGGAUUCAGGAUUUAACGGUUAUGAAUGACAUGUUGAAUGUUUUAAUGAGUCUACAGCUGCCUUUCGCCCUUAUUCCUAUACUCACAUUCACAAGUUCCGAAAACAUCAUGGGGGAGUUCAAGAAUGGAAGGUUUAUGUCCAUCUUUACUGGUGUGCUGGCCAUUGUUGUGAUCGGAAUAAACCUUUUCUUUAUAAUAGAGUACAUUCAGGGCCUGCCUGACCAUUGGGCAGUCUAUUUAGUAGUGGCCAUUCUAGUCCUUAUUUACAUUAUUAUUCUUCUGUAUCUGAUUUGGUUUUGUUUAAUAACCAAUGGAAUCCAAUUCCUUCAAAGAAUACCUUGUUUCUCCUGCCUCAAACCAAUAGACACUUCCUAUGUGCUCUCUGAGAGUGUUUCUGGCACUAGAUUAGACUUGCAGGAAGAUCUUCCAGACUUUGGCUCCACAUCAAUUACUACGGUCAAUGAUUAAAGUUAACCACUUGAAGGAAGAUCUUCCAGAUUUUUGCUCCACUUCAAUGAUGAAUACUAACCCAGGAACAACAUCUAGAUAUAAGCUCACCUUCAACGACUGCCAUCAAUGGUUAAAGUCAAAGUUAAUCAAGAAAGUUCUUCCAGAAUUUUAUCUUAAUUUUAAUCACUGCCAUCAAUGAUUAAAAUUAACCAAGAAAGAUAUUCCACACUCUGGCUUAAUUUCAACCACUGCCUUCAAUGAUUUAAAUUAAAUUUAACCCAAGAAGAUCAUACAGAUUCUGCCUCAGCUUUCAACCAAUGCUAUCAAACAAUAUCACACAAACUUGACUCCAUUUUUUUCCACUGCCAGUGAUGAGAAGAAUCAAUUGUUGAUCUGUUUACUUGGAAACUUGGAAUGAAGAUCAUCUUUAUUUAAGGAAAAAAUUAUUUUUGCAGAUCUGUAUUUCUAUUGUGACCUCAUGUGGGUGCUGAUUUAUAGAACAAUUAAUAUGUUGAAUUUAUUAGGAUAAUUAUUAGUUCUUAUUAAUUAUUUUUGACAGGGGGUUAAAUAUCUGUUUAUAGGAAAUGUAAUAUAACUAUCAAUUCUUAUUUAUUAUCUUUGACAGGAUGUUAGAAUCUGCUUAGAGUAAAUGAGAAUUUUUUUUUUUAAAUUAAAAGUAUUUAUUGAAUGUUUGAAAAUCUGAAUUUGAAAAAAAAUUAUUAGAAGAUACAAAUAUAAUUUUAUGUAUCAAAUAUUUUGAGGUGUAAGAUUUUUUGAGACAGCUGAGGUAUUGAUGAAAUUGAAACCUACCAGGCUGUAAAAAAAAUUUUUUCCAUGGGGUCAUAUUUCCAUAGAAUCCCAAUUUCUGUUCAAUAUGCAGGUAGAAAAUUACGCAGAUUUCUUGGAUUACCAUUGUAUGUCUUCAAUGUACUUUAGUCCGCUGUGACAAAUUUUAAUGGAAAAUUUGUAACUUCAUACAUAGUGAGACUUAAUCUGAUGCGGAAAGAAGUAUGUCUUCAGCAUUGAAUUACAGGUACAUAUUAAUCUGUAAAUCUAAUUUUAUUUGUUUGACCUAAAUAUUGAAUCGAUUAGAUUCUAUAAUAUUGUAUUAUAAGGAGAAAAUAUUCAUAACCAUAAUGGUUAUUUGUUACACCUAUGUCAUUGAUGCUGACUUUGGAUAUACAUGUAUAUGUUAAUCCAAAUAUAGCUAUCUAAAUCCAUACAGGAUAAAAAUGAGGGUGGUAUAUAUGCCAAAUGUUGCAUAAAAGAUGGUAGAUUGGUGGUGGUGUUAACAUUGAAAUAUAGGAUACGUUGUUAUACAUUCUUACAGCUCCUCUUCUCUAUGAAAGCCAAAUGCAUUGUGUUUUGCGGCUUUUAGGGUUUUUUAAAGUCCUGCUUAGCUGAAUGUUUUUUUCUAACCUUUAUAAGCAGAAAUCAACCACAUUACUCGAGGAAACAUUAUAAUUCAAAGAGUCUAACAUUUUGUGGAUUUCGAAUAACAACUGAAAUAAAUAUUGAAAGUGAAAAAUUUACCCUAUAAUUUAAAACGAUUUAACAGUAAACGGAAGCAAUAUUUGCAAAGAACCCUUAUGAUUUAAGAUUAUAUUGAUGUGAAACAAAAACGAAUUCUGAUGUUGAAAGUAAUCUCACAUUCCAAAAACUAUAAAGAUAUUGUUGACAAUGGUGCUUGAUAUUAUGAUAUUUAUAGCAAUAUUUUUAUACAAUAUAUUAUUAUAUUAAUAAAUAUAUUUUUCAACUUAUAUAUUUCUAAUGUUUGGGCAUUGCUUCUGUUAUUAAACCAAGAAUACAUUUAUAAUAGCAAACUGAUUUUUUACCACUCAAGGUAUUGAUGUUGUUUUGUUACAUGGUUAUUUUUUUUAUAUGUAUACAAAAGAGUAUCUAUAACAUUUUGCAGUGAUUACUUUAACCUGUGAAGAUGCUUGACAGUUUUUAGCUCGGCGCUGUACAAUUAAUAAUCUGGAACCAAAAAUGCAAUCACUACUUUUUGCUCAUUGUUCAUGAAGAUCUCCAUACUAUCACAUAUACUUUUGAGUCAUUUAUUUACUUAUUUACUUUUGUUUUGUUUGUUUGUUUGUUUGUUUGUUGUUUGUUUUUUAGCUUUUCUUAUCUUUAAAAUUAAAUGAUUUUUGUGAUUUUUUUUAUAUUUUCUCUAAAAUAUUGAUUGAUAUUGUAACUGUAAUAGACUUUUGCCAAUUAAGUACAUUGUUAUUAUAGUAAUAUAUUUUCCUUACCACUUAUACUGAUUUGAUGCUAUGAACUUUCCUUGUUUUGAUCUGAUUGUACUGUUUAUUUUAUUUUGUUGUUUUGCUUUUUUUUUAAAUUCAUUAUACAGACACACACAUCAUUGUAAUUUUCUUUUCUUCAUAGUUUUAUAAGCAA